CUUCACACGUAUUUUAUAUUCUACUUUCAACCUACGAUAAAUACUAAUCAUUGAUAUGAAAGCUUCAAUGACGUCUGUUUUGAUCUCAACAAUAAAUAUUCUGAUAUUGUACGCGAAGAUUGCUCGUUGUUGCGGUGGUUACGAGUUAAUAAUCGAUUAUAUCAAAAACUGCGACUCAGACAACAUUAUUGAACUAUCUGAUAAAUUUAGCGUCGUCUUGAAACCUAAUUGCGAGGUACAUUUCAAUGGAUGCAUUACUUGGCAUGCCAACAUCACCAGUUCUAUAAUCGACUACACCGUCCAAAAGGACUUGAUAAAGAAGUCGGGCAAGAGGGACGGUUGCCAACAGCUGGACAAUAUCAAGCCGUCGAGCGAUAUUGAAAUGGGUUUGGACAUACUCGGAUUGCCGAAGCGCUGUCCCAUUAAUAAGGGAACGGUGUGCUUGGGAAUUAAAUCGAUUAACGUGAGCAAGUAUAAAUUACUAAUGAACGUAUUAGCCGGCCAUCUCAAGGGGAAAUCGUUAAUGACCACUAACGCGGGCAAGUCCUGUAUGGAAUUCUCUGCAAAAUUGGUCAACGCUCUAGUUAAAGUCAUGGGCCAUGGUUUGAUUGGUUGAUAUCAGCUAUAAACUUUAUUAUAUAAUAUAAUUUUAAAAUGUAUUGACGCGUUGAAUUUGAGUAUACCUAUAUAGUACAGGUUAGUCCUAUUUAGUAUAUAUAAUGAACUAUAUAAUAAAUCAUAACUUUAAAACGUAUUAGUCUGUACAUAUGUAAUACAUUAUA